AUGGGGAUCAGAUUCAUAUUGAUGGUGAACAAACAAGGGCAGACCCGUCUUGCACAAUACUACGAACAUUUCACCCUCCAAGAAAGGCGAGCUCUUGAAGCUGAAAUCGUCCGAAAAUGCCUCGCUCGCAACGAACAACAGUGUUCAUUUGUUGAGCUCCGGAAUUACAAAAUUGUUUACAGGCGGUAUGUUUCACUUUUUUUCCUUGUUGGAGUAGACAAUGAUGAAAAUGAGCUUGCAAUUUUGGAAUUCAUUCAUCUGAUAGCUGAAACCAUGGACCGCCAUUUCGGCAACGUCUGUGAACUAGACAUCAUGUUCCAUUUGGAGAGAGCGCAUUUCAUGCUGGACGAAAUGGUCUUGAAUGGGUGUAUCGUUGAGACAAGCAAGACUAACAUCCUGGCACCAAUACAGCAGAUGGACAAAACAUAA